AUGUCGCGAAUCUACGCCAGAUUUCUCUGUUUGCUGAUAAUAUUUUCUAUUGGAAGUUAUAUUUCAGCACUCGUGGACGGAGAGGAUGAAUCUCAAUGUUUGGUCCACAAUUCGCCAGCAUUAGACGCCAAAUACUGCACUGAUCAAUUGAGAAGUUUUGAAACCCGACUGACAAGAAUUCUUGACAAGAUCGAAGAAAAAACAGAGAAAUUCGAUUUUCAACAAGGAUGUCGCCCUGGAUGGUAUGGGUUCAGAGAUCACUGCUACUAUUUCAGUAGAGAAAAACAAACCUGGAACGAUGCACGAUAUUGGUGCGAAACUCAAGGACAUUCAGAUUUGCUAAGUAUUACUGGAGAAGCUGAACGUGAUUUCGUUGUUGAUAAGUUGAAAUAUCACGAAGUAGACGAUGAUGGCGCUGUACACUUCUGGAUCGGACUGAAUGAUAUAGAUGUGGAAGGACAGUAUAAAUGGUCGAGCGGCGUUCCAGUGAAGACGACCUAUUGGAAAUCAAACAUGCUGCACACUUUUACUCAUACUACUACUAAUAAAUAUGUUUUAAACGCAUCUUCCAAUGUGACUGUUCUACAAACAUUACCAGAUAUGCACGCUAUAACAACAUGUUUCUGGAUGAAGUCAUCAGCAACGAACACCGGGACACCGGUGUCAUAUGCAGUUGAGAGUCAAAAGAACGAAUUCCUUGUUUUCAACUACAAUAGUGUUAAACCACACGUCACGGGAAACGCUGUCCAGUCUACAGUUGACCUCAGUGACGGCCUUUGGCACCACGCAUGCGUGACUUGGACUUCAAUCAAUGGACAAUGGCAGGUAUAUAAGGACGGUGUUCUUGCAGCCGAGGGGACUGGUCUGUCAACUAGUUUGUACAUUCAUGGCGGAGGGGUAUUGAUUCUUGGUCAAGAGCAGGAUUCGCUGGGAGGAGGUUUCGACGUAACCCAGGCAUUUGUUGGCGAAUUAUCCCUUUUCAAUCUUUGGGACCGUGUCUUGACGUCAGAUGAAAUUGGCGCCAAUUUUGCAGACUGCAUUGGUGCUGGCAAUGUGUAUUCAUGGGAUAGCAACGCAAUAUCAGCAGUAUCAAUGACUAUUGCACCGUUUCAAAGUGUAUGCAGUAAAGAUGUGACUCACAAUAAAUAUGUUUUAAACGUAUCUUCCAAUGUGACUGUUCUACAAACAUUACCAGAUAUGUACGCUAUAACAACAUGUUUCUGGGUGAAGUCUUCGGCGACGAAUGAGGGGACACCAGUGUCGUAUUCCAUUGAAAGUCAAUUCAACGAAUUCAUUAUUUUCAACUAUAAUAGUGUUAGACCACUCGUCGCAGGCAAUUACGUUCAAACAGCAGUAGACCUCAGUGACGGUCUCUGGCACCACGCAUGCGUGACUUGGACUUCAGUAAACGGGCAUUGGCAGAUUUAUAAAGACGGUAUUCUUGCAGCUGAUGGGACUGGUCUGUCAACUGGUUCCCACAUUCAUGGAGGAGGGGUAUUGAUUCUUGGUCAAGAGCAGGAUUCGCUGGGAGGAGGUUUCGACGUAACCCAGGCAUUUGUUGGCGAAUUAUCCCUUUUCAAUCUUUGGGACCGUGUCUUGACGUCAGAUGAGAUUGGCGCCAAUUUUGCAGACUGCAUUGGUGCUGGCAAUGUGUAUUCAUGGGAUAGCAACGCAAUAUCAGCAGUAUCAAUGACUAUUGUACCGUUUCAAAGUGUAUGCAGUAAAGAAUUUGAUGACAGUUUAAGACAAAACUGUGUAGAGAUUAUGGACAUUUUUGGAAAUUGGAAUGACGAGAGAUGUAAUAACGAAUAUAGAUUUAUUUGUAAAACCCAUAAAGUACCACGUGAUUGCAUGGGUGUUAUCAAUCUCGGUUAUAAUUACAGUGGCGUUUACAGGAUUGAUCCUGACGGUCAUGGGUCAUUUGACGUAUACUGUGAUAUGGAGACUGAUGGUGGUGGAUACACUGUUUUCCAGCGUCGUACAGACGGAUCUGUAGCAUUCUUCCGCGACUGGAAAGAUUAUACAUUAGGUUUUGGAGACCUCAACGACGAAUUUUGGCUGGGUAAUGAUAAAUUAAAUCGGCUAACUAGAGGGCGCCAUCAAGAAAUUCGUAUUGAUUUGAAAAAUGUAAUUGGGGUAACUGAUUUCGCAGUGUAUGAUUAUUUCUCAAUUGGUCAUGAAAAUGAUUUUUAUAGGCUACGGUUGGGCUCCAAAAUAAGCGGUGGUUUGCCGGAUAGUUUAUCUCACCAUCUGAAUAUGAGAUUUAGCACAAAAGAUAGAGACAAUACCGCGAAUAAUGAAAAUUGCGCCCUCAAUCAGCAUAGUGGCUGGUGGUACAACCAGUGUCAAUAUUCCGAUUUAAACAGAGAGUAUGCAGAUGAUUUCGGAAUAAGCUGGUAUGAUUGGUCCAAUCCGAGAAUUAUUGAAAGUGAAAUGAAAAUACGUUAG